UGGAAACCCUCGUGAACGGAACCCUCGUGAACGGGAUACAAAAGCAGGCAUAUUGUGCCUCAAUUCUCACAAUGGAUUCCCCCAGAUCUGACCCAUCUUUCUCUCUACUGGUUUCGCCUGCUGAGCUACACAACGCUCUAACCAAUUCAUCCUGCUCGUCUCGCCGCAUUAUCCCCCUGGCAGUAGGCCGGAAAUCUCAUAUCCCCUCCUAUGAGGCCCAACAUAUCCCGGGGUCCAUAUUCAUUGACCUGGAUGAGAUGAAUGAUGCUACCUCACAGUAUCCGCAAAUGCUUCCAACGCCUGCCCAUUUUGCCCAUUGCAUGACGGGCUUGGGCAUUCACCCAACCGACGUCCUUGUCGUAUAUGACACGCUGGAAGUAGGACUCUACUCAUCUCCGCGCGUGGCCUGGAUGUGUCGCUAUUUUGGACACGGCACCGUGCACGUUUUGAAUAAUUUUCCAUCCUACGUGGAGGCGGGCCACCCUGUUGCGGUUGGGCCGUUGUCAACGCCUGUUCCUGCGUUGGAGGCCUAUCCGACUCGGGAGCCACGGGCUCCAACACAAGUCAUCUCGUUUGAAGAGCUGCAGGACCUUUGUCUUGGGAAGAGUGAGCAGAGAGGGUAUCGAAUCCUAGACGCCAGAAUCCCCGGCCGGUUUUCGGGAGCUGAAGCGGAGAUCGAUCCGACACUACGAUCGGGGCAUAUGCCUUGCGCUCUCAACGUCCCUUUUGCGUCGAUCUUGAGUCCGGAUAAAACUAUAUUACCGGCUGCAGACCUGAGACUGCUUUUCGGUAAGAUUGGCGUGCACGAGGCGCAACCAUUGGUCUUGACUUGUAACUCGGGUGUGACGGCGGCGGCACUGGACUUGGCCCUGAAUGUCGCUGGAUAUAAGAUGGAGAGGAGGCUAUAUGACGGAAGCUGGAUGGAAUGGACACGGAGGGCAGACAAGGAUGGCUUGAUUUUGGUGGAUUGAUAUGGAUGCUAUCCUUACACCGUAGCAUGAUUCAUUAGUUCUCAGAGAAUAAUUCCCGAUCUAUCGCACUUUCUAUAGAUGUAUAGUCUAAAAUCUAGCCCUAACACAAAACCAGCAAAAGAGAUCUAG